AUGUCGCUAGAUGAAGAAGCCUUACAAAUCGUCGCCAAAGGUGGCCUGAUGGAAUCUGGGAAAUGGGCUGGCUUGGUUGAACCUUUGGUCGAACGGUUGGAAUAUAUCGUUUACAAUAUUUUCCCGAUGCCCAAGAUGCCUCCCGAAGCCGCACCGUCCUCCGUUCCUCAUCAAUUACCAUCCUCCGCCGAUCCCUCCUCGCAAGAUUCCUCAAUUCCGUCGUCCAGCAAUAAAGAGAACAACCUGCCAGAUUUACAGACUCCUCCACGACCUGCACCAACUUCCGCCGCACCGGCGACCUCGCCCUUGAGCGAACGGGUGCCAGAUUCGCAGUCUCAAUCAUUCACAGGCCCUACGAACGAAUCCCUCCCCGCUCCGCUCGCAUUGCUGCUGGACUCCAUCAAAUCUACUCUGAGAUCACUAUUCUCUUCGAAACCGCCGCAUACGAUCCAGAGACUUGCAGAGCUCAUCCUACAUCCCACUGCGCAUUAUCGAACCCUCCCUGCCUAUCUGCGAGCUGUCGAUCGAGUCGUUUCAGUUACGAGUAGCGCAGAAAUAUUCCCUCUACAAGUACAGGCGAGCACAAGCCAACCAAAUGGUGUAACAAACGGCGGAGGAAGCAGUGGCUUGCUGUUUGACCAUACCCCUGGAAGCGACGAGUCGUUGGGCGGUGCCCUUCUCACUCCGAUUCCAUGGUUGAAUGCUGCUUCGUUUGAAGAGGAGAAUGGGGAACCUGUUGCGAAAGCAAUAACCACCGAGUCGAUUUCUAUUACUGUACACCGUGCGCAACAAGCGCCACAGGGCGAGCAACAACAGCAACCACAACCCCAAGAAGAAAUCGAACCAUCUACACUCACACAGGAAACAACAUCGCCCACGCACACAACGACAUCAGCCAUCGAAAACGAAGCACUGGGAAGCUCUGGAUCUCCACCACCAGCCGAUUCCGAGGAGGUACCACACGCCCGUGGCCCACCGGUGGUAGGAGUAGAAGAUAUGGGGCUGCAGGAUGGAAAGGGUGUAGAAAUGCCCCUGUCGAAUGUCGACAAUGCUGGUGACGCGCCACCGGACGACAAUGCUAUCAAACAACCGGCGCAAGAGAAGGAUGACGAGAAGCCAAAACAAGAAUCAGCUUCUGCCUCUGAGGAAGGAAAAAAAGACGGAGAUGGAGAUAUCUCUCUAGAUGAUGUGAAGGGGAAGAACGAAAACGAGUCGGCAACAGGGUCCUCAGACAAGGAGCAGAAGGAGCAGGCGGAAACAGAGCCUGCUAAGAGUUGA